AUGUACUCGCGUACCUUGACUAUCUUGACACUCUUUUCUCUCGUGAUAAUCACGCUCGCAUCCCCUGUGCCUGUACGAUUGGCCGAAGCCAAGGUCCAAACUCCUGCUGGAGAUCUUGAAGUUCGUGGUACUAUCGAGGCUCGCGCUAAUUCUGGAAAGGGGACAUGGUACAAUCCUAGCGUUGGGACGGGUGCCUGUGGGUGGAAUAACAAAGAUAGCGAGCUUGUUGUCGCUCUCGGUCCUUCUAAAUACAACAAAGCGAAAAAAUGUGGCCAGUCUAUCACCGUAAAGUCCGGGAGUAAAUCCGUCAAAGUUAAAGUGGUUGAUCUCUGCCCAAGUUGCGGUGGGGGUUCACUCGACUUGUCCCCAGCAGCGUUUAAGAAGUUAGCACCGCUGAGCAAGGGUGUUAUUCAGGUCAAUUGGUGA